AUGUUCCUGCUUCGACUCACUACAGCCAAAACACCAUCACUUUACGCUUUGACAGCCAACGAGUCUAAAUAUCAGAGUAUCAGAUUAGAUCCACUGGGGGACAGAACCUGCCUAAGUGGGAGCCAGGGCCGCACGGACCGCUCCGACCGCCCCUACUGCGCCGCGAAGCGAAACCAGAAGCCUGCACCCGGCGCGCUGCGGGCUUUCAUUCGUCCGCAGCCCGGCGUCGGGAAGCCGAGGGAAGCAACAGCGCUCCAGCCCAGAUCCCUCAGCCCUCUCGCCCCGGGAGGGACCCUUCCUCAAACACACCGCCAGCUCACGUCCUCCGCUGACCCCAGGCAUGCCGCCCUAACAGAGCACCCAGUGGCCCAGGCCUUAUUCCCGUCCGCGCGCAACACCGAGAAAAGAGGCCGCUGCAAGGGCCACGGAGCCGGUGCGCGGAGCCAGAGCAGAGCCGGUGCCCGGCGCCGAGCAAGGCGCCCUUCGGCCCCGCGCCGCUCCCUCCCAACCCCGCAGCGCCGCGCUCACCUCCACGGCCUUUCCUGUGGGCCCAGCCGGCGCAGCCGACAGCGGCCUACCGCCGCCGCUCCGCAGCCUCCUUUUCCUGCCCGACCUCGGCGCGGUGCGGCGUCGCGUCUGGAGGCCCGGAAAACGGCUCCGCAGCCCAGCCCGCGGGGUCCCCGCCUCCCGAGCCGGCCACUUCCCGCAGCAGCCGCGGCUCCUUCCGGUGUCUCCGCCGCCGCAGGCGUCCCGGGCGUCAGGAGAGGGCGGGGAGAGGCGGGCCGCGGGGCGGAGCCGGGGACCGGGCGCAGGUGCGGGUCCCUCCCGACCGGCUCCCCGCCGGCGCCCGGUGCGGGCUCCCUGCCGGCCCCCGGCCCUCCUCCGGCCCCGGGCUCUCCGCCUGUCCCCCCGCCGGCCCCCUGCCCACCCCCGGUGCGGGCUCCCCGCCGGCCCCCGGCCCUCCUCCGGCCCCGGGCUCCCCGCCUGUCCCCCCGCCGGUCCCCUGCCCACCCCCGAUGCGGGCUCCCCGCCGACCCUCCGCCCGCCCCGGGCUCGCUGUCCCCCUUCCCCUCAGCUCACAGUGACCACAGUAAGGUCUUGUCUCAACGCAUUACCCAAUCUCCGUCUGCUAGCUGCUGA